AGUGAUGAUGAUGCUGCUGCUGCCUUCAAUGCGGUGGAGGAAGAUAACUAUUGUCUAAUUCGGGGAUUCCGGUGGAUCGACUGGGUUCAUAACGGCAUGUCCUUCCAGAAGACGAAGAAGUCUGCAGCAUUUCACCUCCAUGCUCUAUUUAAAUAUUCAAUACCUCGGGAAUUCUGCCGCGAACUCCGGGAUAAUUCUAACAAACCACGUUGUCUGUCUAUCGGGUGUUGGAGUGCAGAAUAAUGGCCAGAGCAGUGGGACACUAACGAAGAUGGGGCCUGCACCUGUUUCUGCUUGGCUCUGUGCCUAGCUAACUCCUGGAGACCAGACUGGACUGGACUGCUGCCAGGAUAUUUGGUUGAUAAGGAAGGGGAAGAGGAACAGAUAGCCUUGAAUUAGUUUUGUUGUUUGUCCUGUUUGUGACCCAUUACCCAAACCAGCUCACUUCAACAUUCUGCAGCAAUCUUCACUUGUUUUUGUAAAUGUGGUAGUUCCUGGACUCCUAAACGUAGGCUACAGUAUGUGCUAGUUCCUGGACUCCUAAACGUAGGCUACAGUAUGUGCUAGUUCCUGGACUCCUAAACGUAGGCUACAUUAUGUGCUAGUUCCUGGACUCCUAAACGUAGGCUACAUUAUGUGCUAGUUCCUGGACUCCUAAAUGUAGGCUACAGUAUGUGCUAGUUCCUGGACUCCUAAACGUAGGCUACAGUAUGUGCUAGUUCCUAGAUUCCUAAACAUAUGGAUUCUAUCAUGUCCCCAGAACAUUUUCUGUAGCCUGUUCUCUGUAUAAUAACUGACCAUUUUUGGGAUUUUAUUCCCAGUUUUUCAACUCAAUGGAGAGGCUAAGAAGAUAAUCAGGAUAGAGAGGCAAAGCUAAAGAGACGCAUUGGAAUCAUAUUAUUUCUGUAAACUUUAGGGAAAACACAACAACAGUGUAGACUGGAGAUCAUUUCUGCCUCUCUCAGCGGUGGUGGAUUAAAAGCAACGAGACCUAGUUGGAGGGAUUAGGGCCAGAAGGGGAAGAUGAUAAGCAGCAAGGGGCAACGUGAAGGUCGGGCUGUGUGGCCCCUGCUAUUGACUGGGCUGUUGUUGACAGUCAUGGCCACGGCCUUGGAGUACGAGGGAGUCCCUGGCCAGUGGGCACGGUACGGCCGCUGGGAGGCCAAGGUCACAGGUGAGCUGAGCUUCACUCUGAAGACCAACAUCAGCAAGGCCCUGGUGCUCUACCUGGACGAUGGAGGGAACUGUGACUUCCUGGAGCUACUGAUCACAGAUGGCCGGCUGCAUCUGCGCUUCACCAUCCACUGCGCAGAGCCUGCCUCCCUGCACACGGAGACCCACGUCAACGACCAGCGCUGGCACCGCGUGCUGCUCACCCGCAACUACAGAGAGACCAGCCUGGUGGUGGACAACGAGGAGAAGGUGGCCAAAGUCAAGUCCAAGAGGAGUGAGAUGGUGGUGGCCAGUGACCUUUACGUAGGCGGCAUCUCGCCAGAUGUGCGCCUAUCUGCCCUCACGUCCAGCACCGUCAAAUAUGAGCCACCCUUCCAGGGCCUGAUUGCCAACUUGAAGCUGGGGGAGACCCUCCCAGUGCUCCUGGAUGGCCAAAGUGUUCAGAAUGAUUUGGAAUACCUGUGUAUUAAACAGAACCCCUGUAGCAACAGAGGCCUCUGCUCCAUCCACCAGGGAGAGGUCCUCUGUGACUGCACCAACACUGGCUACAAGGGAAGCUACUGCCAUGAAGUUAUCCAGAAAGCAGCGGAAGGUCUGGCGCACAUGAAGUCAAACCGCCAAGCCGAAUCAUUGCAAUCUGCACAAGAGGAGUCAGUGGCCACCUACAAAGGCAACGAGUUUUUCAGCUAUGAUCUGUCUCAGACACCCAUCCAGAGCAGCCUGGACGAGAUUACUUUGUCCUUCCGCACACUGCAGAGGAACGGCCUCCUGCUCCACACCGGGAAGUCAGCUGACUAUGUUAACCUAUCCCUGAGGAGUGGCGCUGUGUGGCUGGUCAUCAACCUCGGCUCCGGGGCCUUCGAGGCCAUGGUGGAGCCUGCCAACGGCAAGUUCAACGACAAUGCCUGGCACGAAGUCCGCGUCACACGCAACCUGCGCCAGGUGACCAUCUCUGUGGAUGGGAUCCUGACCACCACUGGCUACACCCAGGAGGACUACACCAUGCUAGGCUCAGAUGACUUGUUCUACAUUGGCGGGAGUCCCAACACAGCUGACCUCCCUGGCUCCCCGGUCAGCAAUAACUUCAUGGGCUGUCUCAAAGAUGUGGUCUACAAGAACAAUGAGUUCAGGCUGGAGCUGUCUCGUCUGGCUGCAGAGCGGGACCCUCAGGUCAGUGUUCACGGCGACCUGACCUUCCACUGUGAGGACGUGGCGGCCCUGGAGCCGGUCACCUUCGACACGCCCGCCGCCUACCUCACCCUGCCCAGGUGGAAAACCAAGAAGACUGGCUCCAUCUCUUUUGACUUCCGCACCACGGAGCCCAGCGGCCUGCUGCUGUUCAGCCACGGUGACAGGCGUCUGCAGGGCCUAGACAGACAGCCGGAGGGGCAGUCCAGGGCUGACUACUUUGCUAUGGAGCUCCUGGACGGCUUCCUCUAUCUGGUGAUGGACAUGGGCUCUGGCAGCAUCAAGAUGAAAGCCAGCAACAAGAGGGUCAACGAUGGGGAGUGGUGCCAUGUGGACUUCCAGAGGGAUGGGCGUAAGGGCCUGAUCUCAGUGAACAGCCGCAGCAUACCAUUCUCUGCUAACGAAGGCAGUGAGAUCUUAGACCUGGAGGGUGACAUGUACCUCGGGGGUCUGCCUGAGGCACGUGAGGGCCUCAUCCUCCCCCCAGAAGUCUGGACGGCCCCCCUCAACCUGGGCUACGUGGGCUGCAUGCGGGACCUGUUCAUGGAUGGGCGGAGCCGGGACCUGAGGAGACUGUCAGAGAUUCAGAGUGCCUCUGGAGUCAGCAGCUUCUGCACCAGGGAAACACACAUCAGGUGUGGCAGAGACAUCUGUUCCAACGGUGGGCAGUGCCGCGAGGGCUGGAACCGGCAUGUGUGUGACUGCACCAGCACGGGCUACCUGGGCCCCAACUGUGAGAGUGAGGCCACGGUGCUGAGCUACGAUGGCAGCAUGUAUCUGAAGGUGACGCUGCCGUUGAGCAUGCACACGGAGGCCGAGGACGUGGCGCUGCGCUUUAUGUCCCAGAGGGCCUUUGGGCUGCUUGUGGCCACUACCUCCCAAGACUCCGCUGACACCCUGCGUCUGGAGCUGGACGCGGGCCGGGUCAAACUCACCGUCAACCUGGAUUGUAUCAGGAUAGACUGUAACCUCAGUAAAGGCCCAGAGACACUGUUAGCAGGACAGAAGCUGAACGACAAUGAGUGGCACUCAGUGAAGGUGGUGCGUCGUGGGAAGAACCUGCAGCUCUCUGUGGACAACGUGACUGUGGAAGGCCAUAUGACCGGUGCCCAUACUCGCCUGGAGUUCCACAACAUUGAGACGGGCAUCAUGACCGAGCGCCGUUUUAUCUCCGUGGUGCCAUCUAACUUCAUAGGGCACCUGCAGGCCCUCUCAUUCAAUGGCGUGCCCUACCUGGACCAGUGUAAGAACGGAGACAUCUCCUACUGCGAGCUCAACGCCCGCUUCGGCAUGCGCCACAUCGUGGCUGACCCUGUGACCUUCCACAGUCGGGCUAGCUGCCUGGCCUUCUCCACCCUGCAGGCCUAUGCCUCCAUGCACCUCUUCUUUCAGUUCAAGACCACCAGCCUCGAUGGCCUGCUGCUCUUCAGCUCUGGAGACGGCAGUGACUUCAUCGUUGUGGAGCUGGUCAAAGGGUACAUUCAUUACGUGUUUGACCUGGGGAACGGGCCGUCACUCAUGAAGGGCAACUCUGAGAAGCCUCUCAACGACAACCAGUGGCACGAUGUGGUGGUCUCCCGGGACGACAAUAACGUGCACAUCCUCAAAAUCGACUCCCACACCGUCACCCAGCACUCCAACGGAGCCCGCAACCUGGAUCUCAAAGGGGAGCUGUAUGUUGGUGGUGUGGGGAAGAGCAUGUACAGCAGCCUGCCCAAGCUGGUUGCGUCCCAGGACGGGUACCAGGGCUGCCUGGCCUCUCUGGACCUGAAUGGGAGACUCACUGACAUGUUGGCAGAUGCCCUCCACAGGGUGGGCCAGGUGGAGCGCGGCUGUGGAGGCCUGAGCACAACCUGUACAGAGGACUCCUGCCAUAACCAGGGGGUGUGUCUCCAGCAGUGGGAGGGCUUCUCCUGUGACUGCACCAUGACUACCUACGGAGGAGCAUUCUGCAGUGACCCUGGAGCCACGUAUAUCUUUGGGAGAGGAGGGGCCCUCAUCACGUACACCUGGGCCCCCAACGAGCGGCCGAGCACCAGAGCAGACCGGCUAGCUGUGGGCUUCAGUACUCAGCAGAAAGACGCCAUCUUGGUCCGAGUGGAGAGCACCAAUGGACUGGGAGACUACCUGCAGCUACACAUAGAACAAGGAAAGAUUGGUGUGAUCUUCAACGUGGGGACAGAUGACAUCACCAUUGACGAGCCGGCUGUCAUAGUUAGCGAUGGCAAGUACCAUGUUGUGCGCUUCACACGCAGUGGUGGCAACGCCACCCUCCAGGUGGACAACCAGCCGGUCGAGCGGUACCCGCCAGGGAACUUUGAUAAUGAGCGCCUGGCUAUUGCUAGACAAAGAAUCCCAUACCGACUUGGUCGGGUAGUUGACGAGUGGCUACUCGACAAAGGACGACAGCUGACCAUCUUCAACAGCCAGGCAGCGAUAAAGAUUGGGGGUCAGGAUAAGGGCCGGCCGUUUCAGGGCCAGAUCUCUGGCUUCUACUAUAACGGCCUGCAGGUGCUGACACUGGCGGCAGAGAGUGACCCCAGUGUCCAGGCCGAGGGGAACCUGAGGCUGGUGGGAGACUCCAUGUCUGUCUUGACCACUGAGACCAUCUCCACCACCCCACUGGCGGCCUCCGACAUGUCCACCACCAUCAUGGAGACCACCACCACCAUGGCCACCACCACCACCCGCAGGCAACGCUCCCCCAGCAUGAGGGAGAGCAUCUCCCAGCCUCAGAACUCAGAUGACAUCUUGGUGGCUUCUGCAGAGUGUCCCAGUGAUGACGAGGACCUGGAGGAGUGUGAGCCUGGAACAGGAGGUGAAUUAGUGUUGCCUAUAAUAACAGUGGAUUCCCUUGAGCCCCCAUCCAUCGCCACCCGUUACCCUGCUAUCCCCCCUCCUCCCACCUCCCUGUCCCCACUUGAGACCACCAAAGAGUCCCUGAUGCUGUCCAACCCUCACCCUCCCUGCCCCCCGGAUCAGGAGGACUGCGGUGACCCUGUGGAGGUCUCGGCCUUCGGUUCUGGGGAGAUGACGGAAUCAGAUGAUGAGGACUUUUACAAAAACUCCCCUCUGGUCACUGACAGGACAGUCCUGCCUCCUCCUCCUCCCUCCGCUGUCGGUGAGGGCGGGGCACAGAAACCCCACAAUCCCCGCCCCCCUCCUUCUACUCCCACCACCAACCCUGACCAGCUCCACAUCCCCGCGGGCAAAAUGAACACCCGUGACCAGGUGCUUCUGCCCCCUGCCCCUCCGUCAUCCCGGUAUACACCAGGACUAACUUACCCCCCCAAUUUCCCCCAUGUGCCCACAGCCGACCCUACAGCCCCCGGUGAGAAGGUCAUGCACCCCGGCCUGGUGGAUAGGAUCGGAGAGUCCAGUAGCACCACAGGGAUGGUGGUUGGUAUUGUGGCAGCUGCAGCCCUCUGCAUUCUCAUCCUCCUCUACGCCAUGUACAAGUACCGCAACCGUGACGAGGGCUCCUACCAGACGGACCAGGGACACAACUUCAUCAGCAACCCAGUUGCCGAGGGCAACGGGGCCGUGGUCAAACUAGAGAAGACACCAAGCACAACAACGGCUGCAGUAGCGAAGACAGUAACCAAGGGCAAGAAGAACAAAGACAAAGAGUAUUACGUCUAAGAGAGGGGAUAGAGAACGAGAGAACGAGAGAGAUAGGCUAGAGCAGGGUUUCCCAACUCCUCGAGUACCCCGGA